CCUAUUGAAUAGCGGGGCUCUGUAUUUUUAAAGACUUUCUGCCUUUACCAAAUACACCUCUUUUCAAUAAUAGCAGUUUAAAAUUAUGAUAAUAUCAUCAUGUCUGACAGUGACAGCCCUGUUAUGCGUAAGUCCACUGGUGGGCGCAGAAAAAUACCAAUUGAAUUUAUUGAGGACAAAAGCCGUCGAACAAUAACUUUUAGUAAAAGAAAAGCAGGAAUAAUGAAAAAGGCUUUUGAGCUCAGCACUUUAACUGGCACUCAAGUUCUCCUUCUUGUUGCCUCGGAAACUGGCCAUGUUUACACUUUUGCAACUCCUAAGCUCCAGCCAAUGAUUACCAAACCCGAAGGGAAAAAUUUGAUUCAAUCUUGUUUGAAUGCGCCUGAUCAAAUUGCACUUCAACCCACUCAGCAGCCCCAACAACCGCAACCUUCGCAGCCGCAGCAUUCAUAUCGCCACGGCACUUAUCCCGAUGUUGGCGCUAUUUGUUAUCCUACAGAUAUGGACAAUAUUAGCUACCCACCCUUUCAAAACUAUUCCAGCGUUUACCCAUAGCUCGGAAAAAUUUACAAUUAUUUAUUUUUUAUGGAUUCCUUUCUUUAACUAAUUAAUUCUUCUAUAAAAGUUGAAAAUAU